AUGUCGGCACCGUACUGGGGUAACCUCCCCGGCCCCAACGUCUCGAAUCGCCCUCACCACCAGCAGCGCGGCUCUUCUGGCGAGCACAAUCGGGCAUCAACCCAGACCAACAACUCCGAAGCCCAUUCCGAGGCUACUAUCAGCCCUUAUGCGACGCCCAGAAAUUCCUAUCAGGGUUCUGGACUGGGUCCUAGACCUGUCUCCCAGGGCAUCUACACCCCUGACAUCUUAGAAAAGCGGCGCCGACGUGCCAGCAAGAACAGGGAGGAGGAGGGUGCCUACGUGGUCUCGGGUGCAUUGCCUGCGGCCCCUGAUGCGCCCGAGGCCUCCCCGGAUCCCCAGGCCGACCUCCCGAGCCCAGGCGUCUUGAACCCUGACUUCUACAAACCCCUCAACGCCGUCGACCGAACGAAACGCGCUAGUCAGACGUCCAACCGCCGGGCGAGCAGUGGCAGCACCGCCGCGGCAAGAAAUGGCAGUACAAGGGAGGCUGUGAAUGGUCAUCGGAAAUCUUCCCUGGGGAGUGAGGUGGAUCGUCGUUUGUUCGCAGAUAUGCGCUCUCCUCUGCAGAGACUUGAGCUGACGCUCGACAGCAUCACGAAGGAGGAGAGGCGCGCGCGGGUCGAGGCCGCUGAGCGCAAUGCACGAGACCGGGCCCAGUCGCGGGGCAGCAUUGAUAAAGACGGCAGCCAGACGCCGACCGUACGGUUCAAGGACCAGGACACAGAGUCCGAGUCGGAAUCCCCUCGAGUCCAAACCCACCCUGAGCCCACACAUGGUCAAGUGCCUCACGAGAAGAAGAGCCCCAACCCCAAAGCAUUUGACGACAUUGACGCACAGGAAAACGACCCCGUGCAGCGGAACCUGAGCUUUCGCGAGCGGGCGGCAAGGAAUGACAUCAGAUUGCCAAACAGUGAACCUGAAAUCGAGUCUCUGGCGACACUACCUCCGACUACCCCAACGGGCGGUGGCUUCUCACUGACCCGACAAGGAAGCAACAAGCUGAAGAAAGGCCCGCCUGGAGAGCCUUCCCAGGCCGUGUCGGGUCAGUCCCGGGGAGCACCUCGAUCUUUUUCGCUGGCCCAGAGCCCCGGAUCCGCGGCUGUUCCCGCACCGGUGGGUCCGCCGAACAAACCCGCCGGCGGGUCCACGCGAAACAAGGCCCCGCCGCCUCUCAACACGGCUGUUAUGCCAGACCUUGAAGACGACGAUGAUGAUGAUGACGUUGAUGAUGAUGACGACGACGAAGAUGACUUGGACUCGCCUAUCGCGACUGGGAAUUCUCCUGGCCAGGGGCUGUAUAACCCGCCCAAGUACCUGAACGAGUGGAAGAAGGGUACUGUGGGAACGCUUUCCGGGACGCUGCUUGAGCUCUCGGAUGAAGUGACACCUACUUUGGAUAAGGGACAAACUUGGUGGGAGACGCCGCCAUCACAGCGGCGAGGCAGCAUCUCUUCACGGCCACGCAAGGCGGAGGCCUUUGACGGGGAGUAUGACGAAAAUAACGCUCCUACAAGGUUUAAGCCACAAUUGUAUCUGAAGUGCGGUCCUCUGCUCAGAUAUUGCGGCAUGCGAACUGAGCGCAUCACCGGUCGGUCAGCCCGGCAUGGGCCAGCUAUCGAGCGGGAGUUCUGGAGGGGUACCGUGAUGAUCGUGACAACUGAUCAGGAGUCGUCUUACGAUAUUGCUCCAACCUUGAGGCUUUUCGCACAGCCAAUCGAGAACCUGCCGCCUCCCCCAGCAGAAGUUCACGGAGAGGUCCCGCCAGAGUAUGUGGACCCCGUCGCAGGGCUUCCUAAGCUGGGUCGCAGAGGCGAAACGCUGUACGUCCGGCCAGUCGACCACCUUGAUGAGGGCAGAGAUCUCUCGCGAGACCUCAGUGAUAAGGGCCUGUUUGAGAGGACACGCAGCCCUCCUGAUAUCGACCUCCCAGAAGGAUCGACCGAUGCGCCAGGGUCUUUCUCAGAUCGCAAGAAGAAAGCACCUCUCGACGGAGAGAGGACGGGUAAGUACAAGGACAUCCGAGGAUACCGCCUGCAUGCCGAGCGAGGCUACACGUUCUGGCGUUUCAGCAUCGAGGUCGAACUGCGCGACAAGGAGCAGCGCAUCGCCUACCGCAUCAACCGCGGGCCUGCAACUGGCUUCUGGGUCCCCGCCAAAGGCCAAUCAAUGAACAUCAUGCUCCAUAGCUGCAAUGGCUUCAGCUUGUCCGUGAACCCCGACGAGAUGAGCGGCCCGGACCCUCUAUGGCGCGAUGUCCUGAACAACCACCAGAGCCGGCCUUUCCAUGUCAUGUUGGGUAACGGCGAUCAGCUCUAUUGUGAUGCCGUGAUGCGAGAGACGAGACACUUCCAGGACUGGCUCAUGAUGCGGAAUCCGUUACACAAGCAACACGCGCCGUUCUCGCCCGAGAUGCAGGACGAGCUGGAGCAUUUCUACCUGGAGCGCUACUGCAUGUGGUUCUCACAAGGUCUCUUUGGUCUCGCCAACUCGCAGAUUCCCAUGGUGAAUAUCUACGACGAUCACGACAUCAUAGAUGGCUUUGGCAGCUAUCCGCACCAUUUCAUGUCGUCGCCUGUCUUCUCGGGCCUUGGCAACGUCGCCUUCAAGUACUACAUGCUGUUCCAGCACCAAAGCAUCGCGGAUGAGACCGAAGAGACGGAGCCAAGCUGGGCUCUGGGGUUGGAGCCCGGCCCGUACAUCCACGAGCAGAGCCGCAGCUUGUUCAUGUUCCUCGGCUCCAAGAUUGCGCUGUUGGCUGUCGACGCGCGGACGGAGAGGACACGUGACCAGGUUAUCAAGGAAGACACGUGGGACAAGCUGAUUGACCGCUGCUACAACGAGAUCGUCAAGGGCAAGACAGAGCACCUUCUCGUCAUGUUGGGGGUUCCGAUUGCAUACCCUCGGCUGGUGUGGUUAGAAAACAUCUUGACGUCUCGACUGCUUGAUCCCGUCAAGGCUCUUGGCAAGGCUGGGAUGUUCGGCAAUGUGUUCAACAAGUUUGACGGCGGUGUCGAGGUCUUGGACGACCUCGACGACCACUGGACCGCGAAGAACCACAAGAACGAGCGCAAAAUCGUUCUCGAGGAUUUACAGGAUCUUGCGGCAGACAGGUCGGUUCGUGUCACUAUUCUCAGCGGCGACGUCCACCUGGCCGCGAUUGGCCAAUUCUACUCGAACCCGAAACUCGACCUGCCCAAGCAUAAAGACUUCCGCUACAUGCCCAACGUCAUCUCAUCUGCAAUUGUCAACAUACCCCCGCCAGAUCUCAUGGCCGAUGUGCUGAAUAAGCGCAACAAGGUGCAUCAUCUUGACAAGGACACUGACGAGGACAUGAUUCCCAUAUUUGGGCAUGGAGUCGAGGGCAAGCCGAGAAACAACAAGCACCUCCUACCUCAUCGGAACUGGUGCUCCAUCCGCGAGUACACACCAGGGCAGACACCUCCUUCGACGCCGCCUGAUUCUCUUUAUGAGGAACAGGCUGCUGCCGCCACCUCUCCUGGGGCGCAGGAUGGAGGCGGCGGAGGAGGAGGCUUUAUUCACAGAGGGAUCUCACGUCGCCUGUCUAAACGAAACCGCGGCCCGGCCCACCGUGCUGAUGUGCUCGACUCGCGACCUCCCAACUCCUCUAAAGCCCCCGGUGGCCUGUUCCGGACACUCUCGUCCCGUGGGAGACGCUCGGACAGCGACGUGCCUGCAGGAGAGAAGCGGCCCGGUACAGGCAGACGUACGCUAUCCCUCACGCGCGGCGACUUUAGCCUGUUCCGCCGCGGAAAUAAGUCUCGCGAAAAGUCCAAGCCCGAUGACGGCGGCAUCAACGGAUCGUGGGGAGAGGAUAGCGACCCCGAGGAUGGUCGCUAUGAGCACUCGUCGGAUCGAAGUGGCGGCGGCGGCGGUUUCUUGGGCGCCAUUGGACUUAGAGGUGGCGGCGGUUCCUACGAGGAGUUCUCCGAAGGUGAUGACUCGUACUUCACCGCGCACGCGCCGGCCAACAACAAGGCGUCUGCUUCUAGGCCGGGCCCCACGCAGCAGCAGCAGCAGCAGCAGCAGCAGCAACAACAACAACAGCAGCAGCAGCAGCAGCAGCAGGCUGGGGAGGCCAGCUUCCGCCCCAAGCCCGUUCUCCGCACACCGACUUCCGCAAGCAUGAAGCAGGGACGCGGUCUGAGGAGGGUGAACACACAUGAGGUGAACAUCCAAGGCGGCCUGGACAUCUGCUUGAAUGUCGAGGUCAGCGCCAAGGAUCCUGCCGGCAUCACGGUCCCGUAUCGGCUCCUCGUGCCCAAGCUGUGGUAUGAUGCUGCGGAAGGGCAGGAUGUGGAGAUGCCGGCGCGGAAUGUAAGUGGUGUCAAGAGAUUAUUGAGUCUGAACCGGGGCAAGAGUCAGGCGGCCGAGAGGCAGCAGGGUUACUACGAGCAGGGCCAGGCUCUCGGCCAGAGGCCGCCUGUGAUGGCGCCGGGGGCGAAUGAGCCGGGUGUAGCAAGGGAAAUUGACCCUGCACCCGGAACGGCCUUCUAAAAAGUGGCGUGGGAUGUAGGGGAGAAGUGGGCUAAUGAGGUGCUUGGAAUCUUUUCCCUUCCCUCUAUGGACGUUCAUUCGUAAGCGGGCGAUGCACAUAUCUGAUGACGGGAGAUGGCAAGCAAGUAGCAUCAUGGCAACGUGGUAAUGACUUUCAUGCUUUUUUUAUCUUUGUUUUUUUGACGCCCCUAGGGCAGACGAGAAAUACGAACAAAAAGGAGGGGACAGAAUCAUGUUUACGACGACGGUAUGAUUAUGAUGCAUUAAUAGCCACGGAUAACCACGACGACAACAAAUAUUGGGGGAGGGGCUUGCAUAAUAUACUUUUCUCGCC